ACGUGCCACAAUGCAUUGUUCCAAAAAAUAUGUUAUGAAGUAAAAGGAUGUCACAUCUAAACAGGGAAAAGCCGGCAAGCAAAUUAAAUACAUAAGACAUAUAUUAAUUAAAACAAAUGAGAAAUUAGAUAGUAAUUAACGAAAGGGCAUCACAUAUAUAGAAAUCAUCAUAACUUCAUCUAUGCAUGUUAGUAAUCAUAAUUAGGUACAUACAAUUUAUGGAGAGUAGUAUUGAAAAGAAAGGUGAUUAUUAUUAUUAUUGUACCUCUCUGUUGAGUUUACCUGAAUCCAUUUUGGAUUGCAUUCUCAAGCGCCUUUCACCAAAAGAACUCAUUACAAUAUCUCAAGUGUGUACCAAUUUAAGAGUUAGAUGUAGAAGUGAUCAUUUGUGGGAAAACCACAUAAAGAAGAAAUGGGGUAAAGUCUUUGGUGAUGUUGCUUACAAAGAGUGGCAGUGGCAUGUAACAAAAUCAAAGGAGGAAAAAGGAAACACCUUCUAUCAAAUGAUUAUCAAUCACAACGGUGGUGAAAAUGAUGGGUCACUAGGGACUUUUAGUGGUUCUUGGCCUAUGCUAUGCCUUGGUUCAUAUUUAAUUGAUUCCAAGAAUAUUCUUAGUGGUCAAUUAUUAUUGUCAAAUAGCCUUAUGAUGAUGAUGGCUUUGUAUAUCGCUCUGGAAAAUGGCAAGUUUUGGUUUCCAGCACAAGUCUAUAGGGGAUUAUUAGUCAGUAAUGCCUUAGUCAGCUAUGAUUCCAAAACUAAUACCUUUCAAGCAAGGCAACAAAUGGGUGGUUGGAGGAUUAUAGGGAACAGCAUUAGGUGGGAUAAGGUGAGAGCUCCACCAAAUGAAACCUCUCAAUGCAAUAUUCCUCAAUUAUCAGAUUCUUUACAUCACCUAAGGCCCGGUGACCAUAUUGAGAUUCAAUGGAAAGCAAGUACUGAAGUUCCUUAUGAUUGGUGGUAUGCUGAAAUCGGUCACAUGGACUCAUGUAAGGAGAAUGAGAAUUGCUGUGGUUGUCAACACUCCGGUAAGAAAGAGACGUUGGUGGUGGAGUUCAAGCAAUACCAUGUUGAGUCAGGGAUGAGAAAAGCAAAGCUACAAAGAAAUAAGAAUGGUCAACAAUGUGAAAAUCAGUGUGGAAUUUAUGGAGGAAUCAGAAAGCUUCAGAGUGAGGAGGAGAUUCAUAAAUGGAAGCAGCUCUUCCCACCUCAUCAUAAUCAAACUCCUGUUCCUGUAUAUCUCCCUUAGAAUGCACAAUUAAUGCAUCAUUUGCAUAAAAGUUUUUUUUUUUUUUAUUUGAUCAGAUAUUGCUAUAACUAGUUUAAUUUUCAAACUUAUUAUCUUUAAAAAACAAGAGAGAAGUGACGACCAAAUUGGGUAGGGACCCAAAAAUCGGGUGAUUCAUUUUUUUUUUUUCCAAAAUAUAGUAUGGCAGCUACCAUCAGUUCCGCGGUUCCACCUCGUAUACUCUGAGUCACACACACAUGAUUUAAAAAGAAGUUUUUUUUCCACCGUUAUUUAAAAUGUUUGAUUCGAAAAGAUCAAAAGAUCUUCUAUAUUAAAACAGAGAAUCAGACGUUAUAAAUAAUUAAAUAUUAUCA